AUGGGCGCGAACCGCCGGCAGAAGACUGCCAUUGUCAUAGGCGCCGGCGCAGGCGGCGUCUCGACCGCAGCUCGCCUCGCUCGUGCCGGCUUCAAGGUGACGGUGCUUGAGAAGAACUACUUCACCGGCGGACGAUGUAGUUUGAUUCAUACCGAUGAAGGAUACCGCUUCGAUCAAGGCCCAUCUCUCCUCCUGCUCCCGCGGCUCUUCCGCCAGACGUUCGAAGAGCUAGGCACGACUCUGGAGAAGGAGGGCGUGGAGCUUCGCAAAUGCGAGCCCAACUACCGAGUCUGGUUCGGCGAUGGCGAGAGCUUCGAGCUGAGCACAGACCUGGCGCGCAUGAAGCACGAGAUUGAGAAGUGGGAGGGUGUCGGAGGAUAUGAACGCUACUUUGAUUACCUGAAGGAGGCGCAUCGGCACUAUGAGUUGUCUAUGACCCAUGUUCUACUCCGGAACUUCACGUCGUUCAUCGCGAUGUUCAGGUGGAGCUUCCUACAGCACAUAUUCACGCUGCACCCCUUCAACACCGUGUGGGGCAGAGCGAGCAAAUACUUCAAGACGGAGCGAUUACGGAGGGUGUUCACCUUCGCGAGCAUGUAUAUGGGUAUGAGUCCGUUUGAGGCGCCCGGCACGUAUAGCCUGUUGCAGUACACGGAGCUGGCCGAGGGUAUUUGGUAUCCCGUAGGCGGCUUUCACCGAGUUAUGCAGGCCAUUGUUGACAUAGGCAAGAGGGAAGGGGUAGAGUACAGGCUGAACACGCCUGUGAAACGGAUCGUGUUGGACGACUCAGGAACGAAGGCGCUCGGUGUGGAGCUGGAAGAUGGAGAACAGAUUCCUGCUCAUGUCAUCGUCAACAACUCAGACCUGGUCUAUGCGUAUAACAACCUGAUUGCUCCUUCAACAGACAAGCGGACGCCCUUCGCGGAGACCUUGGCGCGGCGACCGGCAAGCUGUUCGAGUAUAUCGUUCUACUGGGGCCUGUCCGAAUCUGUACCGCAGCUCGAAGCGCACAACAUCUUCCUGGCAGACGAAUACAAGGAGAGCUUCGACAGCAUCUUCAAGAAGCAUCUCAUACCUGAUCAGCCAAGCUUCUACGUAAAUGUGCCGACGAAAGUUGAUGCAAGCGCAGCGCCAAAGGGAAGAGAGACCGUUGUGGUCCUGGUACCUGUGGGGCACCUUAUCGAUGCACCAUUCUCGCAGUCCGAUGGCCAAGCUAACGGGCAUGUCGUGUCCAACGACAAGUCAGCGGCGAAUGGCGACAUCAAAGCCGUCUCGCCUCCGACUCAGACCGGAGUUUCGCCAACCACGCAUCAAGACUGGCCCGCAAUGAUUGCACUCGCACGCAAGACCAUUCUCUCGACGAUUCGCGCUCGCACCGGGGUAGAUCUUGAGCCGCUGAUCGUCCACGAACAAACGAAUGAUCCCAUGACGUGGAAGGAGAAGUUCAACCUCGACAAGGGCUCCAUUCUCGGCCUGUCCCACAGCUUCUUCAACGUGCUAUGCUUCCGACCCUCGACGCGCGCCCGACGCGGUAACGACUGGCUUGACGCUAAGCUCGGCGGCGGCGUCGUGGGCAGAGUAGGCGAGCUCUUGUCAGACAUAGUGAGGACCGACAGGGACAUCAAGGGCUUGUACAUGGUGGGUGCAUCCGCUCAUCCGGGAACGGGUGUACCCAUCUGUCUGGCGGGCGGCAAGCUCGUGGCUGAGCAGGUGCUUGAGGACUCGUCGAUGUCUAUACCGUGGAAGAAGAAGAAUGAUGGCGAGGGAGGGCCGAUCAACAUGCAGCUGCUGCUGGUGGCGCUGGGGAUCUCGAUGAUACCCAUUUUGACCGCUUUCUUUAUUGUAUGGACAAGGUUUGGCGAGCUUGAAAUGUACGAUUACUAG